AUGUCGGACACAGAAAUUGAUGCUGGCCUCUUUGAGGAGCCUGAGGGCUUUAGGCCGCCACCCCCAGAGUCUCAUUUUGUCGAAUACGAAAGAGUAUCAGGAAAGACAGAUCCUACAACCAUCAAACUUAAGCUUGUGGGUAAAUCGCCAUUGUGGGGACACUUGCUUUGGAACGCAGGCAAAUUUACUGCUAAUUACCUUGAUGCUCACGCUGAGGAGCUUGUUAGGGGAAAAAAAGUGUUGGAAUUGGGAGCAGCUGCAGCGUUGCCUUCCUUGGUUUGUGCUGUCAAUGGGGCCUCCAAAGUGAUUAGCUCAGACUACCCGGACCCUGAGUUGAUUGAUCACAUUCAGUAUAAUAUCGAUCAUUGCGAAGGAAUCCCUAAAGACACAAUUGUUAAGGCUAAAGGAUACAUUUGGGGUAACGAUGUGAGAGCUCUCUGCUACGAUGAUAUCGAGGAUGAGAGCGCUUUGCCCAAAGAGAUCAAGGAAGAGGACAAAUUUGAUCUUGUCAUCUUGUCAGACUUGGUCUUCAAUCACAGAGAACACCUCAAGCUUCUCAGCGCUUGCAGAAAAGCCCUCAAGGCUAGUGGCACUGGGCUUGUCGUUUUCAGUCCCCACAGACCACACCUACUAGAUGAAGACUUGAAGUUCUUCGAGACAAGCGAGCAGUUCGACUUUAAAGCGGAGCAAAUAGCGUGUGAGAACUGGACGCCCAUGUUUGAAGAAGACGAGGCUACGGCAGAGAUCCGGUCGAGGGUCUACUGCUUCAAGAUUCACCCACAAUGGUAG